CAUUUAAUAAAAAAUUUUGAUUAUAUUUAAAUUAAAGUUGAUAAAGCCAAGGCAUUGUCUGGUUUAAUAUUUUAAUUAAAUUUAUCAGAGAGCACUGUAUGAACCUUUCUAGUAAACUUCCAAAUCCAAGUUCGCAGCAGGCUUGUUUGUUGUCUGUCUCUGCCUCUCAUCUCGCCGGAUACUCCAAGUCAAUGGCAUCGAAGUUCCCAUUUUUACAUUUAGCUGGUGCUCCACUGCCGAAGCCGGAGAUUCAACGGUCACUUUUCUGUUCCCGCCAAAAUGCCUUUGGGGUUGGAGUCUCAUCAACCACCACUGCACCAACACUCUUAACUUCAUCAUCUUGUUCAUUAGCUAAUAAUGGCAAUAAUAAUAGUAGUAGCCAAACAUUUCUGUCUCCGCGAUUGUAUCCCAAAGACCCAAGUUCGCUCCGAUCUGUUGCUGUCAGAUCCAAUUUGAGCUUCCCUCUUAUUUCUCCCAACGAUCGAUGGGGCACUUGGACCGCUCUAUUCGCAACCGGCGUCUUCGGUAUCUGGUCGGAGAAGACCAAGGUCGGAAGCGCGUUGAGCGGAGCGCUAGUGAGCACCUUAGUUGGACUUGCAGCUAGCAAUUUGGGGAUCAUUUCGAGUGAAUCUCCAGCUUACUCAAAUGUUUUGGAGUUUCUGCUCCCUUUGGCAGUUCCAUUGUUGCUGUUCAGAGCGGACUUACGUCGUGUGAUUCAAUCCACUGGGACACUUCUCUCUGCUUUCUUGCUGGGAUCAGUUGCUACAACAGUUGGGACUUUGUUGGCUUAUUGGAUUGUGCCAAUGCGAUCACUUGGUCAGGAUAGUUGGAAAAUAGCAGCUGCCCUCAUGGGAAGACACAUUGGUGGAGCUGUAAAUUACGUUGCCAUCGCGGAUGCUCUUGAAGUAUCUUCAUCAGUUUUAGCUUCUGGACUCGCUGCAGAUAAUGUUAUUUGUGCAAUAUAUUUUACAACAUUGUUUGCUUUAGCAUCUAAAAUACCACCCGAGUCUUCAACAGAAACUAAUGAAGUUGAGAUAGAGAGUGGGUCUGAACCUACCAACAAGCUUCCUGUUCUACAGCUUGGUACUUCCCUUGCAGUGUCUUUUGCCAUCUGCAAGGCUGGUUCUUAUCUCUCUCAGUCUUUUGGAAUUCAAGGAGGUAUCCUGCCAAUUGUAACAGCCAUCGUGGUUAUCUUAGCAACUGCAUUUCCAACACAGUUUAAUUACCUUGCACCAUCUGGGGAGGCUCUAGCUUUGAUUCUCAUGCAGGUAUUUUUCACAGUGGUUGGUGCAAGCGGAAACAUAUGGCUUGUGAUCAAAACAGCUCCCAGCAUUUUCAUGUUUGCUUUUGUCCAGAUUGUUAUCCAUCUACUGGUGAUCCUUGGAUUGGGAAAGCUAUUUCGCUUCGAUCUGAAGCUAUUGCUUUUGGCAUCAAAUGCUAAUGUGGGAGGCCCUACAACGGCAUGCGGAAUGGCCACAGCCAAAGGGUGGAGUUCUUUGGUUGUUCCUGGUAUUCUUGCUGGCAUUUUUGGAAUCGCCAUAGCAACUUUUCUUGGACUUGCUUUUGGAGAUAAGGUGCUGAGAUUCAUGUGCAAAAUUUAGAUUUCUAAAGAUUUUGUUAUUUCUGUACUCUAUAUGCACCUUUCUUUAUUUUCUGCUUCAACUAGCUAGUCUUAGAUGGCUAAUAAGGUCAAUAAUUCAUUCUCUUUACC